AUUGCAGUCGGUGGUUGUAAAUGCAUAUAAUAAUAACUCCGGGCCAAUUUUGAAAAUACGCGUUAUCUCGGGUCUGCCAGCAAAUAAUUAAAAGUGUUUUACCAAAAAAAAGACUUCUUCUUCAUUUGAUUCAACGAGACUUUGCAAAUUUUCAAUCUCUCGAUUGAAUCAGAAAGAGCGAUCAGAUCACGGAGAAAGAUAUGGGUCACGGAGAAGAAGAUAAAAGCAAAGGGUUUGCUUCGGAAGAAGGUAACCAGCAUCAUCAAUACGGUACCUUUCAAGGUGUUUCCAAUUACCCUCCUCCGCAGAAUUCUGCUCCGGUCACUGGGUUUCCUCAACCUUCGCCGCCACCUGGCGUUUACGAUUCCGGAGCUCCUUAUUACGCUCAUGGCUAUCAAACUGUUCCAGUCCAUGGUGGUGUUGCUGAAGGAAGACCUGUCACUGGGAGACAACGCCGCCUUCCUUGCUGUGGAAUUGGUCUUGGCUGGUUCCUGUUCAUUGUUGGAUUUUUCCUUGGAGCAAUCCCUUGGUAUGUCGGAUUGUUUAUCAUGAUGUUUGGAAGAAGGAUCGAUUACAGGGAGAAACCAGGAUACAUUGCCUGCACUAUCGCUGCUAUUCUUGCAACAAUAGCUGUGAUUCUGGGUGUAUCUAAAGGAGCAGACGACUGGUGAUGGAUCGAUCAAUCAUCUUGUGUGUUACUCUCAAAAUGUUUGUAUAGGUUUCUUUAUCUUGUGUUGUAUUAUCUACUUCCUUUUUCUACUACUCUAUGAAGAACAAGAAAAAAGGUGUAAACUU